AUGUUAAGACGAAGUUUAAAACUGCAACUAUGUCCAGUCAAAUAUUUAUCAGGCGUUAGUGUACUUGAAUCUGAUGCUAGGAGUAAAGUACGAUCAUUGGUUGCUAACGAGGGAAUUAAGAAGUUUUUAAAACCCAAUUCGCAAUCCACUAAAGAUCUGGCUAACAUAAUAGAAACAACAGAAAAUAUAAAAGAAAUCAAUGCAGUUAAAAAUAUUUUAAUGAGGAAGUUUAAAAAUUGUUACAGUCCUCUAAGUAUUAAUAUAAUUUCAGAAUCAAAGAAUAAAUUGUUUAUGAAGUUGAUGUUAUUGCGUUCUGUUGGAAAGACAUUUGAUUCCGUUUUAUUAGAAUUGGCAAGGGAAAUAAUAAAUGAUCAAGCCUUGCCUAUAACAGUAAAGAAGGAGAAAUUAUAUGAACUAAUUGAAUUUCUUGCUGAAGCUCAUCCUGUUUAUAUGAAGAAGAAUGGAUGGAUAUUACCAUCAAUAAUGCAUGAAUGGUUCUGGGAAAAUAUUCAGAGAAAUGAAUCUUUUCAACAUUAUCAUUUCUUAAUUGAGCAUAAAGUACAAUUGUCAUCUUGUAAAUACAUCAUUUACUUUUGCAGAAGACUCUUAUUGGGAUCUGAAGCCGAAAGAAAUUUAGCAUCAUUUAAACUAUUCCUGGGAGACCCAUUACAAGAAAAAAAAUAUUUGACCUUGUUUAAAAAAUCAUAUAGCAUGGAAACCAUUAUUAUGAUAAUCAAUAACAAUAUUAAGAGUAAGGAUUUAAGAUAUAUUGAUAAAUAUUUUUCAAUUUUACUUAAAAAAACUGAAUCGAUCUCUUCAGGUAAUCAGGAAGAAGAUAUUGGUAGGAUGUUAUAUGCCGAUAUCAGUUUCAUCAAAUUUAGUAAUUGCCUAUUAUACUAUCUGGCAGCAACCAAAAAUGUUAGUAUUUUUAUUGAAACAUUCCUAUUGAAUAUUGAAAGAAUAAACAAACUUCGAAGUACUGAUUUCUCAUCCUAUAAUGGUGAUACGGAAAAAUUCAACAAAACUUUAUCAAGGGAGUCACAAAAAGCAAUCAGCAUGCUAUUAAAGAUUAUUCAAGAAAAUGGUUUACAGGAAGAGAUGUUUGGUGUAUUAUCUUUCUUGCCAGAUAAAUCCUAUGUUCAGAACUUGCGUUUUACGAAACAUUUAAUAGGAAGGCUUUUAAAGGCUAUUGCACAAUUUAAUGAUUCAAAAUUACUGUUAAACUAUAUCAUUUCAUCUUAUAGAUCAAAAAAAACAGCAAUGAUAGUAAAUAAAUUGGGUCUAUGGGGACACAUCCUAUACAACGAUACUAAGUUAAUUGAGCACACUACACUUAUGAAUGACAUUAAAAAAUUUGAAAGAAACAUAGUUCCUAAAACUCUGUCAUUGCCAUCGGUUCCAGGACCCCAUGUAUUAAAUUUAUUAUACUUGGUUGUAUUGACAAUUAACUCUAAAGUCCUUAAAAAAGAAGAGUUCCAAAACUUGAUUAUAGAUCUUUAUGAAAAAUAUAAAGAAACCAUGUUUUCAUUGAUUAAAGGAAAAACUUACUGGAGAAGUAAUACAUCGGUACUUGGAAUAUUUUUGCACCAAAUUCGUUAUGUGUUAAAAGAUCCUAAACUUGCAUAUAAUAUAUUAAUGGAUUUUUAUGGUUGUGGUUUAGGGAAGAAAAUGAGUCACAAAGGAACUAGUUCUGUUUUUUCUUUGGUUGUGUAUAAUAAUCAUACAAUUAAUAUGUUAGAGAUCAACAAAGUACUUGACAUCAUGGAAGCACUGAAGGUUCCUCUUGACUUGAAGUUCUGUAUUGAUAUGGUCUUACGAAAUUUGAAGAAAGGAGAUACAGAGGUAGCGCAUGAUUGGUAUAAAAAGAUACUAGGUGCUAGAUUUCAGAUAAAACAUAUGAAAUUAAUUCAACACAUCGUAGCCAACAACUGGGAAUUUCCGGAGGAUUUUGAUAUGAAUCUCCUUCAACUAUUGAACCAGGAAAUUUCCAAUAAUACUGAAGAGAUGCUAUUUGAUGAAAAUGAUCAUACUAUUGAUUAUAACAAUUUCAAGCCAACCAUUUUAGCCAGCAUGCAUAAAUUAUUCAAAAAAGAUAUUAAGACCUUGAAUUCUUAA